UCUUAGAAAUUAGAAGACCUACUUUAGUAGUUGCUAAGUGGCGCACUAAACAAGAUUUGAUGUGAACAAUAUGCCACUAACUAUUUUAUCAUUGAAUAUUUUGAAAAAUUCACAUCGCCUGCUUGUUUGAAGAUAAUCUGUGUGCAAUGGAUCCUAAUGUGAUACACCGGCUCCGACAAAAGUUACGCGCGUAUGUAAAUAAAAAUGUCACAUCUGCAGAAAUAAUUUUACAAGAGUGUGUAACAUUAUGGAAUAACCAAAAAAGUCGACGGUACAUUAUGUCUUAUAGUAUGAUAGAAUGUUGUGAAAUUGCCCUAGAGAACAGGUUUCUACCAAUGUUAAAAUUGUUGCUAUCCCAAGAUGGCAUUUCUAACUACCUUGAUGCAAACGAUAAACGCCUGAUGAAGACUGCAAUAAGAUCUGAUUUCGUGGAGGGUGUGCAAUUCAUCCACUCUAAAGGCGGGCGUCUUGAUAAAGAUUGCAUCAAUGAGUGUGUUGAAAACAAUAAGCACGAAGUGUUAAAAUAUAUUCUUGAACAUAAAGAUCUGGACACUAAUAAAACAUUAUUGCCAUCCGGCCUUGAACCAAAUAUCAAAGGUACCAAUUGUAAACAAAUAGAUACCAUUAAUCAACAAUUAAAGCCUCCUGAAAUUUCUGCCCUACACUGUUGUAUUCGUGGUAGAAAUUUUGUUCAAAAGAAGCCGGAAAAAGUUCUGAAGUGUGUCAAAUUAUUGGUAGAGGCAGGGGCGGACCUUAAUCUAGAAGACAAUGACGGUAAAACACCCGUCCAACUGGCUGCUGUAUAUGGUAUGGUGACAACGGUCUUAUAUUUGGCACAAAAGGGAGCACAUCUUGGAAAAAAUACACUGCUUCAUUAUCUUGCACAGAGUAAAAGGGCGUCAGAUUCGUACGAUGAAUGUCUUCAACUAUUAAUAAAGGAAGGUAUGAACAUAAACAAACCCAAUUCACAGAACAUAACUCCGCUGUAUCAAGCGGUUCAGUACAAUAACGUAGAUAUGGUGAAGUCAUUACUUAAUAUCAAAUCGACCAGACACAGCUGUGAUAGAUGUGGAGAUAAACCCCUUGCUCUUGCCGCCAAAAACAAUAACAUACAAUUGGUGACAUUGCUGGCAUCAAAGGAUGGUGAUAUAAAUCACCAGAAUCUUCAAGGGCAGACAGCCUUACACAAAGCUAUUGCUACGAUUGCCGUUAAAAAGAAAAACGAGGGCAUUGAAACUAAUUCCUAUACUAGUGACAAUUCUAUACCGGUAUUCAAAAUUAGAAAAUCGGCAAGGUUCUACAUAAAUGAACGAACCAUUCGAUCAAUUACUGAGAUUUUGCUGAAGUUUGGAGCUGACGUUAAUUUAAGUGAUAACAAUGGAAGGACGGCCUUGAUGGAAGCAGCACGAGCAUGUACUAGAUCUGGUUUACAAUGUUUGGUAGAUGCUGGAGCUGCUGUUAACCUGAGUGAUAACAAUGGAAGGACGGCUUUGAUGGAAGUAGCACGAGCAUGUAAUAGAUCUGGUUUAGAAUGUUUGCUAGAGGCCGGGGCUGAUGUUAACCUGAGUGAUAACGAUGGAAGGACAGCAUUGAUAGUAGCAGCAAAAAACCGUGACAGACAUAUUUUAGGAUCUUUACUUAAGGCCGGGGCUGAUGUUAAUAAAACUGAUAUAAAUGGAAGAUCAGCUAUACACGACGUAAUGUGUGGUCCUCUUUGGGGAAGAUCAGCUAUGAACACCGUAUUGCUUGAUACUCAUGAGUUGGACACACAUGUAAGAUCAGCUCUACACCGGGUAUAUGAUGCUUAUCUUGAAAAUUGCAUAUACUGUCUAAAAUUACUUUUGAUUAGGAAAUUUCACGUGUCUCUGGAUACUCCAGUAAAUGGAUUAACUUUAUUUACAUGCUUACUGGACACAGACAAAGCAGAUCUUAUAUGGCAUCUUGUUACAGAAAAUUGUUCUAUCACUGGUAUGAAUCUUCCAAGGGUCAUAAAUAAAUUACAAUUUACAGAUACCCUGAAACUUUCCAAAAUUCUUUUCGAAAGUGGUGCACCAAAACGAGAAAUAGAAACAGUUCUAAUGCGUUCCUUUUCAAAUUCGCAAUCCCCAUAUAAUCCGGUGCUGGAUGAUUUCCGUAAUUUCUGGAAAUCGAGAAGUUUGCAGUCAAGAUGUAGAAGAGAAAUCAGAAACUAUAUCGGAUCAGGAAUCAGAAGCAAAAUAACUCAAAUAGGUUUACCACAAUGCCUACAAGAUUAUGUCAUCAUGAAGGACUUGAUUCCCGAGAAAUAUUUUACCCUUGUUAUAAACGAUGACGAUGAUGAUGACAAAUAUGUUACAGUAGAUGACAACAAGGAUGAUGAUGAUGAUGUUAGAUUAGACGGGGGUGAAGAAGAAGAAGAUAACAGGGGUGAUGAUGAUGUUAGACUAGAUGAUAACAAGGAGGGGGAAGAUAACAGGGGUGAUGAUGAUGUUAGACUAGGUGAUAACAAGGAAGAGGAGGAAGAAGAUGAUGAUGAUGAUGAUUUCGAUCAUUACGAGGAUAAAAAUCAUUUUACUUUUGCUUAUCCUAUAUGCGAUGAAAGUGAUGAUAUAGGUGAUAAGGAAGAAGUUGAUGACGAAGAAGGUGGUGAUGAUGAAGAAGGUGAUGAUGAAGAAGAUGGUGAUGACGAUGAUGAUUACGAUGAUGAAGAUGAUGAUUAUUCCGAUGAUAGUAAGGGUGAAAAUCAUGAAACUUUUGAUCGUUUUAUAUUCGAUGAUGGUGAUGCAGAUGAUGAAUUAGGUAAAGAUGAUAAUGAAGAUGGUGAUUAUAAAGAUCGUGAAUAUUCCAAUGAUAGUCAGGGUGAUAAUUAUGAAACAGUUGUUCGUUUUAAAUUCGAUGACCUUGAAGAUUUAUAUCACAGUAUCUUCAAUAAUGGAACAUAUCAAAAGGCACUAGAUAUUUUGAAAGCCCUUCCCAAAUUCACGCCAAGGUUUGAUGAUGAUAGCUCGGAUGAAUAUUGGCAGGAUAAAUAUAGGCAGGAUGACGAUACUACUUUGCCCAACAUUUGGCCAUGGUUUGAUGAUGACGUCCCAGAUGUUGAUGAUGAUAGCUUGGAUGAACUGGAUCUAUUUCUAUAGUGCUCUUACUAUUCUUUUAUUUGGUCGUCUUCGUCAGCUGGACAAUCGUAUCUAUUGGUUAGCAUCCACUGCUGUCAACUGGAUAAUCAUAUCUAUGGGUUACCAUCCAAUAUAGUCAACGUGAUAAUUGGUUAGGAUCUAAUAUUGUCAACUUGAUAAUCAUAUCUGUGAGUAAACAUCUAAUAUUAUCAACUGGAUAAUCAUAUCUAUGGGUUAACAUCUAAUAUUGUCAACUGGAUAAUCAUAUCUAUGGGUUAACAUCUAAUAUUGUCAACGGGAUAAUCAUAUCUAUGGGUUAACAUCUAAUAUUGUGAACUGAAUAAGGGUAUCUAUGGGUUAGCAUACGAUAAUAAGGUUCUAAAUGUCAGUUCCUCAAUGUAUAUAUAAUAGUAUGAAUAAAGAUUAAUGA